AUGGAAAGUAAUCGUAAGAUCUCCGCGAUCUCUAUCCCAUUGCUAAUCUUGAUCGUUUACGUAUGGAAUUCGAUGGCGGAUGAGCAAAGCGGAUCGCAGAGGCAGCUUCACGCCUCGAGUAGCGGUGAAAAUUACGAAAGUGCCGAGGAGCUUCAAGAAUUUGAGAUGGACGAACUUAUAAAAAAUCUCGAGGCAAGCAUCAAUGCCCAAGAGGCGACCAGCGAGGAGUUGAUUAAGGAGGAGAACCAACGAGACUCGAGAGGCAUGGCGCAGCAGCGUAAGCCCUCGAGCGGCGAUAAAACCGGCGUAUUUGAAGGGCCGACAGGUAGUGGUACGAUAAUUCCGAAUCCAAGAGAUCGGAAGUCCAUAAACGCCAGAAGAACUGGAAGGGAUCAACAAGCGGACAUUUCAGCGGUGAUCGACGAUCUCGAUGCUCGUGCACGAAUCCAUAAGAAAAAGACACGUGACAAUUACGAGGAUAUUGACGAGCUUAUUAAAGAAGCUUAUGGUUUGGCGAGUGAACGCUCGUCCGACAGUUGGCUCCAUCGCAAUCAACUCAGCGAUUACGAGAAGGACGACCAGUACCGGCGCUCCUUACUCCACUUACUGAACCUUUACCGCCUCUCCGGUAAGCGAGACCGCGCGGACAAUGAAAGGGAGGAAGAUGAUGAUGAGGAAAAGGAGGCGGAGAAGAAGUCGCUGAGUCACGAUCGCUCGAUGCGGCAUCGGUCUGAGCGUCGUCUGAGCAAGAACCUACGGUUCGUCGAUUCCGGCAAAUCUCGACACCUGGACAGGAGUCGGCUACUGGCGGAUCACAUUGCCGAGUCGGCUUUACUUUUGGGCCAGAAGAAGGGCCGAAUCCUCGAGCACCUCAUUGACGACACGGCCAAACGCGACGUGGAGAUUGCGGCAUCCACCGCGGCGGCCUCUUCGACGGCCGUCGACGUUGGUGUGAGUAGCACGGGUGGAGCGGUAAGCACGGGUGGAGCGGUGAACGUUGCCGGGACGGCGAGCACGGCCACCGGGGGUUUGGCCGUCGACGCGGCUCUCGGGGUCUCGGGAGGACUUCGCGUCGAGGGUGCGACGGGCCUCUCCGCGGGUCUCGGCGCCCGCACGAACCUCGGCCUGAGUCUGCUCGGGCAGCUCGGCUCCUGCCAGGACUACGAGCGCAAGAUGAUCAUGGACAUGGCCAUCCAGGAGGCCUCCGCGAUGAUCCGUAGGCUGGCUUACGAGACGAGGAGCGAGAUCGGCUAUAAGAGCGAUCCGGAAUUCGAGAGGCGCAUCCUCGGCCUCGCCAUCGAGUUGGUGAACAGGGUGACGCUGGGUCUGGCCGGCGGCGAAGUCGGCAGCAAGUUCGACCUGUUGGGUAGCUACAGGUACAACGGAGUCGACGACUACCUCAAAUCCUCCGUGCUCGACGCGGAACUGCAGGCCGGCUUGGUCACGAAUGCGGGCUUCGAUUACUUAAGACAUCGCGAUCUCCUCGAGGGCCGGAGGCUUUACGACGACCUCGAUCUCUACGACGAGUAUUUGGAUCACCUGGGGCCCUACGCGCGGGAUCGCUGCGACUCCUGCUCUAAGUACGACAUGAGAAUGGGGAACGUGUGCCCCGUGUGCAAAAGGAGCGGCCCCGAGCCGACCGGGCCUAAGCUUCAGAGUCGGCCGAAGCGCGAGUCAGGCCUGUACGCGGACGACCGGGGCAAGAUUUAUCACCUUCAGAAAUUUCAGCAAAAUAAGAGACACAAAUCAGGCGGCGUUUGGGAAGACGUUAAUAAACUUUACAAUUUUAAUGACUACGAAAAUACUAGAUUCAUCAACUUGAGUAUGAAUUGUAGUGGGACGUCUGAAUUCGCAAAUCCGGAUUGUCAAAGGCUACAAUUAAAACUUGUGACUCCUAAAGACGCAGAUCCGGUGCCACUGUGGACGGUGCGGGACUACUUGAGCCAGGGUCGAGACCUCGGAGCGGACAUGCACGAGCGCGGCCGGGAGCUGCAGAUUGCCGAGGGUCUGCGACCAUCGGCUCACACGGCUUCGAUGCUGCACUUCAUGAACGGCCGAACCACGGGGACGACCGUCAGGCUGAACGAGGAGUCGCAGAUCAUGCUCUACGGGACCAAAGUUCUCCAGGAGAAAUUACGGACCGAGUAUAACGUGAAGCCACGCGCAUUCCUUGAUUUUCUCCAGCAUCAUGGAUUCCGUGUCACUGGAAAUGAAACCUGUCACUCUCGGCAAAAGCGCUGCAACAGUUUGGCGAAAUUCCGAAGCAUCGAAGGAUCUUGCAAUAAUUUUAUCAACCCCUCCUGGGGCCAAAGCAACACUGCUUUUGUACGAUUAUUGCCGGCUCGUUACUCUGAUGGCAUCCACGCACUCCCACUCGGCUCAUCGGGUGGCCCCUUACCGAACCCCAGGACCCUCAGCGCCCGUUUGUUUCCAAGACGUAACGCCACCGAUUCGCUCUUCACCCUCGCUCUCAUGCAAUGGGGCCAAAUUAUCGCCCACGACUUCGCGCGACAGACGAUCGACCAGACCGUCGAGGGAGGUGUCGAGUGCUGCACCGACACCGGCAAGCGCCCAUUACCCAAGACACUCCAGCAUCACUCAUGUCUGCCCAUCGUCAUACCCACGGACGACGAUCUUUACGCCCGAUACGGCCAGACUUGCAUGAACUUUGUGCGCAGCAUGACGGUCGUGAGGGAGGACUGCUCGCUGGGACCGGCGAACCAGUUGAACGGUGUCUCGAGUUUCCUCGAUUUAUCUCCAGUUUAUGGUGCGGACCGAGCCACGAGCGACACUUUGCGCGAAUUCCGAGGUGGGCGUAUGCGCAUUGAGAUCAGGAGCGAUCGCGUCAUGAUGCCAACAUUAUCAAGAUCUGGAUACUGCGAUGCGCGGACCAAUUCGGACAUUUGCUUCGAAACAGGGGACGUGCGUACCAAUCAGAAUCCUCAAUUGAUAGUGUUGCAAACGCUAUUUAUUAGGGAGCAUAAUCGGAUCGCUUAUGAGCUCGAGGCUUUGAAUCCACACUGGAGGGACGAGCGACUUUUUCAAGAGGCUCGGCGAAUCCUUAUUGCCGAAUAUCAGCACAUAACGUACAGCCACUGGCUUCCGCUUGUUAUUGGAAAGAAAUAUUGCAGAGAGAAUAUAUUCCCAUUGAACGUUGGAUUAUCGAGAGAUUACGACGUGACGAUUAAUCCUGGCACGAUUAACGGCUUCACUUCUGGUGCUUUUCGAUUCCUGCACUCGAUGAUCGAAGGCAACAUUUAUUUAAUGCCCGAUAAGUACAGCAUAUUUUCCACUAUUCGCUUAAGUGACUUUUACUUCCGGCCGCAAAUCGUCGAGACGAACGGUAACUUCGAGGCACUGCUCCGGGGACUUAUUUACCAGACGAUACAGAAGCCAGACGCAAAUUUUCACGAAGAGGUAACCGAAUACUUGUUCCGUUCGGGUAACAAUUUCGGAAUGGAUUUGGAAGCACUUGAUAUACAAAGGGGCAGGGACCAUGGAAUACCUGGCUAUAAUGCGUAUCGCGAAUUGUGCCAUCUCGAUCGUGCCGAAGACUUUAAAGGUCUUAUCAACGAAAUCCCCUUCAACAGCAUUCAGCAAUUACAGAGUAUUUACGAGCACGUCGAUGAUAUUGAUUUGUUGGUUGGCGCUACGAUGGAAACCCGAAUGCCGGGAAGCUUAUUAGGACCAACAUUACAAUGUUUAAUUGGAGAGCAGUUUUAUCGUUCUCGAGUGGGUGAUAAAUAUUUUUACAAUAAUGUUAAUUUCCCUCAUUCUUUCACGCAUGAGCAAUUUUCGGAAAUACAAAAGGCAAGUUUAGCAACGAUGAUAUGUGAAUUGGGCGAGGCUCUAUACGCAGUUCAAGAGAAUCCCUUUAAAGUGAUAUCUCGAAAGAAUCCAAGAAUAUCGUGCUUCGACUUGCCAACCAUUAAUUUAGAAUAUUGGAAAGAGGAAGAUUAA